UGUCCGAAAGAAGAGGAAACCCUAUUCCAAAUUUCAAUUGGCAGAAUUAGAAAAAGAAUAUCUAUUCAAUGCAUAUGUUUCUAAGCAAAAAAGAUGGGAGCUAGCUAGAAAUUUGAAUCUCACAGAACGACAGAUUAAAAUUUGGUUUCAAAAUAGAAGGAGGAUGAAGAGCAAGAAGAACAGUCAAAGACAGUCUAAUCAGCCCAGUAGUGGAGAUGGGUCAUCCCACUCCCAACAAGCUAAUCAAGCACAUAAUAUAGGAUCUUCGGGGCAUGUUGGGCUGAAACCAUGAGCAGAGUCAAAGCCUCACGAGGAUGACACCUCGUGGGGCAGGAGGCCAGAGUUUGAGCCUCGGCUGGAUCAGCUGACUGAGCAGCUGGCCGAUCAGCUGACUGAUCAACCGGACAGCUGGAAUGCACAGCCGAAGACUGAACCACAAUCCCCCAGAGCCUUCUCUGACUUUGGUCGGUCUCCUAGCACACCUUCGCGUCACUUUGCGUUUGCGCCAUACGCGCAGCACUUUGAGGGAAUGCCGCAAAUUGUUCCCAAUCCAGACCCGUUCCACCUCCAGGUGGACUGUUAAGUUCCAUGUUAGCCAUUUCGUUAAACAAAAUGGCGAUAAAUGGUGACGAACAAUACAAAAAAACAUAAAUGUGAUUAAACACUGGUGGAAUUGUAAGGCUUUUAGUGUGUUUUCAACCCUUUUUAACCCUGAUAUAAUGUUAAUGUUUUAAUGGUUUUAUCAAUGUUGAUAAAAUCAGUUUUUAGGAUUUUCUAUAAGAAUUUGUAUAGUAAAGUUUUAAAUCUAAGUCAAGUAUUUAAAUAUUUGCUGGAUGAAUACCUCAAAAAAUUUGCAAAUAUAGUUUGUUGAAACCCUUUUCAUGCACGGCAGUUAUCAGUUCGGGAAGAAAAAAGUAUCAAUAUUCUUCUUUUCAUGAUAACUUAACAAUUUCCGACAGAAGAGCAUAAAGAAGUUAAUUCAUUUAGGAUUAAUAUCAAAAUUAAACAAUGUUUUCACUAUUUACUUUUCAGCACAGUCCCUUUGUUCUUGAAACUAUAAAAUGUUUUUAGUUUUCUGUCACAAAAAAUAAGCUGCCCUCUGCACUUCUCCCUUCCUCUUUAACUUAGAAAAAACUGAUAAUUUCCUGUUAAAAUUAAACAAAUGUGUUGAUGUAUUUAUGUACAUUAAUCAUGUACUGUACACUCUGCACCUAUUACCAUUUAGAAGAUUUUAAUUGAAAUGAAAUUUAAGUAAUUUUUAUUUAAUUAAAUAAAAGAAUUUCUUUUGUAA